CUGCAUCUAACGCUGCCCUUACACCACCUCACCUCCUUCUUGCGCCAGCAACAUCAACACAUCACAGAGGUAGUCGUCCCUUGCAAGCUCCGACGGGUCCACACCUACCAGCUCCAAAGACGAGAGAACCACCGCUCGCAACAAAGACGGGUGUAAUCCGCUCGCAACAAAGACUCUCCACACACGCACAGAAUGCCAAAUCCACCGAUCACACCUCCCUACACGCAUCCACCCAUGUCACCUCGUCAACAAGCUUCGGCCCUCAAUGCUACCCACGUCCACGCCAGAAUGCCAAAUCCACCGAUCACACCUCCCUACACGCCCUAACACGCUCGCGCGGCAUCUAAAGCAAAGACGCAUGCAUCCUUACACCCCUCUUGCCUCGCCCAAAACCACACAAUGCCGCCUCGAAGCGCCUCCCGCCGCCACGCCCACAAGCACCGCACGAGGGAAGGCCUCAACGCCACGACCACUACCAUACAGGCUGCUGAUCAAGUAAUGAGAGGUUAAUGCACUGUGUGGCGUGCUGGAACUAAUCUCAACGGCUCAUCGCGGAUCUAACGGCUAGGAAUGAAGGAAGCGCUGUAGAAAUUCCGACAACGCCCCUGUCGGCCGGCCACGCGUCCCUCUUCUUCCCAGUGCCGUGCGUCCCUCUCCUCCCUGGCUAUAAAGCCAUGUAAUCCUCUUCUUUAUGACUUUAUGCUUAUUAUGUAUUGGGGUUGAACCCUAGCCGCCGGUGGCGAGCUACAUUGCCUUUCCUCUUUUAGUGAAAUGAAAUUCUCCGCUACUUCCUCUGAAUUUAGCUGAAGUUCUAGUGUUUUUCGAUCAUACUCUGUUUCUUAGACAAGCCAGUGCUUGACAAUUGGUAUCAGAGGCCCAGUCCUUCCUUGACAAGGGGCCGGCGUAGAAAGAGUUCUAGAUCUCAGAUCGAAAGAGGUUGAAGGAGGCGGCCGGAGUGGCGAAAAUCGGGUGCUGACGGGCCUUCUUCCUGGUUGCUGGAGCAUCUUGCUGCAGUGGUAAAACCCCAGGCUUGAAGAUCUGACCGUGGCCAGUGGGUGUGUUGCUGGUGGCGGUGUGAGCAACGGUGGGAGACUGAGCACGGUAAAUUCCCUCCCUUUAUCUCCCUUCGAAGUAAGCAAGGGGUGCGAUCAUGACUGGAGCAGCAGAAUCAGCAACAACAACAGAUUUGCAGCUAGUCUCUAGAGCUGGAUCUGAAGACACUAAGACAAGAAAGAGAUGAGGAUCGAAAGGAAUUUCACCAAUUCCAAGCUACGGUGAACAGGAACUUCACCACCAUGCAGAAGAAUUUCGAUAAAAUUCAGGAGGUUACUGUUGGACCCAGAUCCAGGUAAAGGUGAUGAGGCUGAUAAUGCCUCGGUUCAGGGAGAGGUUGUGCAGAAGGACAACCCUGUUGGAUCACCUCAAGUAGCACCAGGGCGCCCAAAACAGCUGAUUGCAGGUACACCACCAUCUGUGACUAUGCCUGAAAAAGCUGCUCUUGGAGGGGUAGGUACAGCAGUAUUAAGGGAUCAGAAUGGGAGACAGUUGAACAUGGAUGGUAUUGAAGCAACCCUACAGACAUCCCAAUUUUGGCACUAACAAAGCUGAAGGAAUGAGUCAAACUGCAAUGGCAAUGAAUGCUGCUCAAGUGGAGGAUCUGCAGGAAAUAGAAGGAUAUGAUAACAACUAUAAAAGAAGAGUAGGUACUCCAAUGGACAAUAGAAGAAGCCCUCUCACUGUGAAACCUGCUAAGUUGAACAUGGUGGAAUUUGAAGGAGAAGAUCCUGAAUCUUGGAUACAGAAUUUAGAACAGUAUUUCGCUGCUGCCAGAACACCUAUUGAGCACAGAACUGAAUUAGCAAUAUCAUACCUGAAAGGACCUGUUGUGCAGUGGUGGAGAGGCACUGGUUUUGCACCUGGUAACAUUGCUUGGCAUAAGUUCUGCUCCUUGUUGUCUGAGAGAUUUUCAGUGCAGUCGGUCUGUGAUAUUGUCACUUCCUUCCAUGCUGUCAAACAAGUAGCAACUGUGGCAAGCUAUGUAGAACAGUUUGAGCACCUGAUGAACAUCAUGAGGAGGGAAAACCCUGGGAUUCCCAAUGAAUAUUAUGUAACUAGCUUUAUAGCUGGCCUACAACCUUACAUCAAAAGUCACGUGGAGUGUUUCAAACCCAAAGAUAUGCAGACUGCUGUGUGGUAUGCCAGGAGAAUGGAAAAGGCACAACCACCAUCUGUAGUGGUUCAGACAAAGCCCUACUUUCAGCAAGCUAAGAGGCGGGUGAAUUUUGAUCAACCAACUGGUCAGAGUGGCACAUCUCCUAUAGCAAAAGGUACAAUUAUUCAGCAGGCUAAACAAAACCAAGUUUGUUACAAAUGCAGAGAACCAUGGGUUCCAGGACACAGACAGGUGUGCAAGAUGAGCCAGAAAGCACAGGUUCAAGCCCUACUAAGUCAGAAGGUGGAAAGUUCAGAUGUGAUCUUUGUUACAGACUUUGAGGAUCCUGACUUGGAAACACAGGAGGCACCAUCCCCAAAAAUUGUAUUGCAAGUUUCAGUACAUGCUGCUCAUGGCUUCAGCUCUGUCAAGAACACAUUCAUCCUGUCAGUGAAGAUUGGAGAGGCGACAGCUACUGCCUUGGUAGACAGUGGAAGUACUGCUACAUUUGUGUCACCUGAAAUCGCUAGUAAAAUGUCCAUUGCACCUACAGCUAACACUAAGGUCAAAGUGGUAGUAGCUAGUGGAGAAGUACUAUGGAAUGAGUUUACUGUCAGAAACUGUCCUUAUGAGAUUCAGGGCAGUGCAUUUUGUGACAGUUUCAGAGUCCUCAAGUUAACUGGGUAUGACAUGGUAUUGGGAGUGGAUUGGCUAAAGAAGUAUAGUCCAGUUCAAAUGGACUUUAUUAAGAUGGAAUUGAAAAUUGCAGGCACACAAGGCCAAGUGAUAACAUUUGUGGAUGAAGCUGUUCCCUUGGAAAAAAUUACUGAGAGCAAGGAAAACACCAGUAAAUUAAUGGAACAAGCUGUGUGUGGCUUCUUCUUGUUUCCAUUAUGUGGAGCAGAAUAUGAGCUAGCAGCAACUGAGGUACCUAAUGAUCUACAACCCCUCCUUCAACAGUAUGAGAAGUUAUUCCAUGAGCCUAGUGGACUUCCCCCUAGCAGACCUGUGAUCACAGAAUUCCACUCAUAGAAGGAGCAAAAGUGGUGAACCAGAGGCCUUACAGAGUACCACACCAUCAAAAGGAGAUUUUGGAGAAAAUCAUAUUGGACCUACUGAAGAAAGGACUGAUCAGGCCUAGUACUAGUCCUUUUUCUUCUCCAGUGCUGCUUGUAAAGAAGAAGGAUGGGUCUUGGAGGCUUUGCACAGAUUACAGGAAAUUGAAUUCUAUCACUAUCAAGAACAAAUAUCCAAUACCUAUCAUUGAGGACUUAUUGGAUCAGCUGAAGGGAGCAAAGUAUUUUUCUAAAAUUGACCUGAGGAAUGGGUAUCAUCAGAUAAGAAUGGCAGAAGAAGAUAUAGCAAAAACUGCUUUCUCUACACACAUGGGACUAUUUGAAUAUUUGGUGAUGUCUUUUGGACUCACUAAUAGCCCACCAUCUUUCCAAGCACUGAUGAACUUACUACUUGGUCUGCUAAAGUUUGUGGUGGUGUUCUUUGAUGACAUAUUAGUGUUCAGUGUGUCAUGGGAUAAGCACAAGGAGCACCUUAAGCAAGUGUUUGAGAUUCUGCAAGAAAACAAAUUGUAUGCUAAACUGGAGAAAUGUUCAUUUGGACAAAAAGAAGUGGAAUAUCUGGGCCACAUCAUCAAUGAAGAGGGAGUGUCCACAGAUCCAUGCAAAAUCAAGGCUGUUCAAGAAUGGCAUGUGCCUGCUAAUGUCACUGAAUUAAGAAGUUUCUUAGGCUUAAGUGGUUAUUACAGGAGAUUUAUUCAGGGGUAUGGAAUAAUCUGCAGACCCUUAUUUGAUUGCUUGAAGAAGAAUGCAUUUGAUUGGCAGGAGGAACAAACCAAAGCAUUUGAAGCCCUGAAGCAGAAGCUGACUAACACCCUUGUGUUGGCCCUGCCUGAUUUCACAAAGCCCUUCAUUCUGGAAACUGAUGCUAGUGGUUAUGGCUUGGGAGCUGUCUUAAUGCAAGAAGGAAGACCCCUCUCUUACUUUAGCAAGGCAAUUGGUUCAAAAGCUGCAGCUAUGUCUACAUAUGAUAAGGAGGCUCUAGCAAUCAUUGAGGCAGUAAAAAAAUGGAAGCAUUAUUUUGCAGCUACUGCUUUAGUAAUCAGGACAGACCAAGAGAGCCUCAAGUAUAUCCAAGACCAGAAAAUUACUGAAGGCAUUCAGCAUAAACUCUUGUUGAGCUAUUGGGAUACAACUUUACUAUUGAGUACAGAAAAGGGAAGGAGAACAGAGUUGAUGAUGCUUUAUCUAGAGUGAAACAUAAACUUUCUACUUUGAUAGCCACAGCUGCUUCACCUACUUGGGUCAAGGAAGUUAUUAAGAGCUAUGGAAAUGAUGACAAGAUCAAGGAGUUGAUUGCUGCCUGUGUCGUAGACAAGGAAAACAGCACUGCUUAUUCUUUCAGCAAUGGAAUCCUGAGAUACAAAAGUAAAAUUGUAGCAGGGAGAACUACUGAUCUGAGACAAGAGAUAAUGAACGUGUUCCAUAGUUCAGAAUUGGGAGGACAUUCUGGAGAAAGGGCUACUUAUCAAAGAGUCAAGUUAGUAUUUCACUGGUCAGGAUUAAAGCAAGAUGUUAUUGUGUUUGUUAAAAACUGUCCUGUGUGCCAGGUUAACAAAGCAGAGCAUACACCUUACCCUGGGUUGCUGGAACCUCUCCCAGUUCCUGAUUUUGCUUGGGCACACAUAAGCAUGGACUUUGUGGAAGGAUUGCUUGUGUCUGAGAACAAGGACCUAAUUCUGGUGGUGGUGGAUAGGUUCACUAAAUAUGCUCACUUCAUAGCUAUGAAGCAUCCCAUUUCAGUCCAGUCAGUAGCUAGAGCUUUUUCUGACAAUGUGUUCAAACUACAUGGAAUGCCUAUGGUCAUUGUUACUGACAAAGAUAGAAUAUUCACAAGCAACUUGUGGCAACAGCUGUUUAAAUCUAUGAAGGUGAAACUCCACAUGAGUACAAGCUACCAUCCUCAAACUGAUGGUCAAACUGAAAGGGUAAAUCAGUGUUUGGA